AUGUCAUCAUCAACAUCUCCUCCUCCUUCUUCCCACACACUUUUAAAUACUCCAUCAUUAUUGUUAGUCAAUACAACUAAUAAUAAUAAUAAUAAUAAUGAUGAUGAUGAUAUUGCUAUUCCAAUAGAUGGUGAUGUAUCAUCAUUAUCAUUGUCAUCAUCAUCAUCAACCAUUGCUCUUGACCCAAACAAACCAAAAGAAAAGUAUGGACGUAUCAAAGUAACACCAAAUACUACCAAAUGGUUCUUUGAGAAUAAAAAGUUAUUCUUGGAUUACCCAAGGCGUCUGGAACACGUACUCUCAAAAGACGAGUACACUCGAAUCAUUGAAUCGUACAAUCAACACAUGAAAAAGGUAUUGGCCCCAGUUGUCAUCCUCAUCAUCAUCUGUUGUAUCGUCUUUGUACUUGUAUUUUCUAUACCCAAUUUCGACAGACUAGCUCUAUACAUUUUAGUUUCCAUUGCUAGUUUUAUUAUAGUCUCUGUUGCUUUAUAUUCAAUAUUUAAACGUGGAAAUUCAUUAAGGAAAUUAAAACAAUUGGAUACAUAUUAUAAUGAAAUUUAUAGGACCAAGAAUCUAUCAUUUAAAACACGUAAAGAAACUGAAAAUCAACAUCGAUACUAUGCCCUCAAUAUAAUUUAUCCAGUUGCACCAGCAGCUGUGAAAUCAACCAAAUCAAAGGACAAGAACAAAAAGAAGAGAUCAAAAAAAUCAAAUCAAGACAGUCAACUUGAAACUACUACUGCAAUUCCUAUCAACGAUCACAAAAUUGAUAUAAAUUCAAAGAACCAACAAGAGGAAGAUAGUAGUGGUAUCGGUAGAACAGUAGACAACGUUUCAUCUGAAAAUGAAAGACGAUACUCUCAAACAGAGGAUCCACUUUUACAGUUUCCCUAUUUAGUAGUUGACUUUUCGACCAACAACAACAACAAUAAUAAUAGCAACAACAACAACAACUCUAGUCCUGCAUCCUCUUGA